CAUCUGAUGAAGUUCUUUAUAGGGUUGAGUUGAGUGAAAUUUUGUCAACUUGUGGUACUUUUGUGUCUGCGAAUUUAUUAGUGAAAAACGCAGAAAUUAUAGAAAAUAUCUUUAUACUUUCAUAUGUGAAAUAAUCUAGAUAUAUAAAAAUGUCUCAAAACACUAAAAUUACUCUAAGGAUUCAGUCACCGGAAGGGACAAAGAGGGUAGAGAUCAGUCCGGAUGCCAAUUUGCGUCGAUUGUACGAGACAGUUUUCACAGUGUUUGAGCUCAGUAACUACGAUUUUGCCCUGUUCAAGGAGAGAAGCUACAAACAAGAGUUGGUGUCGAGUCGCUCCCAGAAGAUAUCGGACUGCCAAUUGAAGCAUGGAGAUAUGAUCUUCAUGAAGGUCCUCUCGGAUAAUUUGGCAUCAUCGUCUUCGAAGGAGAAUCCGGGAUCGAGUGGAUACAAUCACUCCUUCUCUGUCACUCGAUCUUCAUCCACAAAUACCGUAAAUUCUGAUGCUUCAGCGAAGGCAAAUGGGAGUGUGAAGGAGGAUGAUGUGGACUUGCAGCUGUGUAAAGUUGAUGGAUGGAUUCAGAGAUCGAGGGACAAUAAAUUAUGUCGUCACAAUUCAAACGGCUGCUGCGUCCACUGCUCUCCGCUGGAGCCGUGGAAUGAGAAUUACCUGAAGGAGCACAAGAUCAAGCAUCUCUCCUUCCACUCAUACAUCCGGAAGUUGACCUCAGGUGCCGAUCGUGGGAAGUUUGUUGCUCUGGAAGACAUAAACUGUCGCAUCAAAUCGGGAUGCCGGGAUCAUCCGCCAUGGCCAAAGGGAAUCUGCUCAAAGUGCCAGCCAUCGGCACUAACGCUCAAUCGCCAAAUCUACCGGCAUGUGGACAAUGUCAUGUUCGAGAAUCCAGCUCUGGUGGAGCGUUUCCUCAACUACUGGCGCUUCUGUGGGCAUCAACGCAUGGGAUUCCUCUAUGGCACCUACGAGGUGAAUGCUGACGUGCCGCUGGGUAUCAGGGCACGCGUGGCGGCUAUCUAUGAGCCACCGCAGGACACAAGCAGGGACUCUAUUCGUCUCCUGGAUGACGAAUACAAGACGGAUGUGGAUGAGAUAGCUGCUGCACUGGGAUUGCGCAGAGUGGGAUGGAUUUUCACGGAUUUGCUGAGUGAGAAUGUGGCUGCGGGAACAGUGAAGCAUACGCGUGGCAUUGAUACGCAUUUUCUAACGGCUCACGAAUGCAUUCUGGCUGGACAUUUCCAGAAUGAGCAUCCCAAUGCAUGCAAACACUCCUCAAAUGGGAAUUUUGGAUCCAAAUUUGUCACUGUCUGCGUCACUGGAGACGAGAAGAAACAGGUGCACAUGGAGGGCUAUGCGGUGUCAGCUCAAUGUAUGGCUCUCGUGAGGGACAACUGUCUCAUCCCAACGAAAGAUGCUCCAGAGCUUGGCUACAUUAAAGAGUCUACUGACAAGGAAUUUGUUCCCGAUGUCUACUACAAAGAAAAGGACAUUUAUGGAAAUGAGGUGUCUCGUCUGGCACGUCCACUACCUGUAGAAUAUUUACUUGUUGAUGUGCCCGCGUCCUCACCACUUGUGCCCUCGUAUACAUUCACCGUGCGGGAGGAUAAACAGCCGUUUCCGGUGGAGAAUCGUUUGUUGGAUGGGCAUCUACAGAACUUCCCAGCCCUCAGUUCAUAUCUAUCACAGUGGCGUCCAGAGGAAUUUCUGGAUGCUGUGUCGGACUUCCAUUUGCUUGUCUACCUGGCCCGUAUGGACAUGCUGCCGAUGAGAGCGGCCAUGGCGCCAUUGCUGAUGGCUGUACGUCAGAAGGAUGCUGCAGCAGCUGAUGAAUGGCGUUCGCAGGAAGUUUGGCGAACCCUGGAGACACUCAUUGCGGCCAGUUCGAGUGCAGCCGGGGGAACGGAACAAUAUCAGGCACCAGGUGGAGCAGCUGGAGCUGAUCCAACAGCAUCCUGGACAUGUAGUCACUGCACUUUUAUCAAUCCUGGAGAUAUGCAGAAUUGUGAGAUGUGCAGCUUACCACGUGUCUGAAAGAGGAGAAGGAGGAAUUUUGAAGAGCUGUGACAGAAUAUUCUACAAUAUGUUACUUAUAAAAAAAAUGUGCUGAUAGAGGUGGUUCUUUUAUUUAGACAUCGAUUGAGAGAGCUGCUAAGAUAGUAUGCAAAGAAUUGGUUUUACAAUCUGAAUGGAAAGAUUGUUGCACACACAGAAAAAAAGCAAAGAAAGAUUUGAAUCUGGCGAAAUAAAGACUUGGCCGCAUUUAAAACCAA